AUGGAAGUGGCUUUGCAAGUACAAACACCAGUGAGUUGUAGUAGAAGGGUUGUUUUUAAUGAAAGAAAUGGUUUAAAGAUUAAACCUUUUCUUGUUGGGUCUCCCCCUCAUGUCAGAAGUGGACAGGUUUCAAGUCCUAAUUCAUGGGGCAAGGAGUUUCCAGCAAGAGGGGUUUCAUUUCGAAUCACUGCAGCUGCAGAUUUUUCUAAGAGGAGGCCCAGAAAAAUAUCUACUGCCAGGCCUAGAGGCUCUUCCCCAAAGGGAUUCACGCCGAAAGUACCAGUUGGAACAAGCGCCCCCAAGAGAGAUUUAAAAAAAAAUGGAGAGAAAGAGGGUUCAGUUACUCCAAAAUCAAGUGAGAUUGCAGAGUCUAGCAAGCAAACACUAGAAAUAGAAGAUGAUAAGGAUGAAGAACUGGCAAUUGAACUUCCUGAGGAGAAGAAAGGUAAUGAAGAAAAGAUAGUAGAGGAAGUAUCUUUGAUGAGUAAAACGGUGGCUGUUGCUGAAAGUAAUCAAGUGGUAGAAAAUGGAAGUAUCAGUAGAGUUGGUAAGGAUGUGACUCUGCCAGAGGAUAAAAUUGCUGUAGAGGAAAGCCACUUUGAUGAAUUGGAGACCGAUGGUAUUGUAAAAAAGGAGAGAAUUGCGACUAAUGAGAAAACGACUGAAGAUGAUUCUUUACAAAAAAAAUUAAAGUUGGAAAUGGAAGAAAAAUUGCAUAAACAAGAAAUUGAGAGGCUUGCUGAGGAAAACUUUGCUAAUGGUAACAAAUUGUUUGUUUAUCCUCAGGUGGUGAAACCUGAUCAAGACAUAGAAGUGUUCUUUAAUAGGAGUCUAUCAACCCUGAGAGACGAGUCAGAUGUUUUGAUUAUGGGAGCAUUUAAUGACUGGAGAUGGAAAUCGUUUACCUUUAGGUUGAACAAGACCCAUCUCAAUGGGGAUUGGUGGUCUUGCCAGGUUCAUGUUCCAAAAGAAUCAUAUAAGAUGGACUUUGUGUUCUUCAAUGGGCAAGAUGUCUAUGACAAUAACAACAAAAAUGAUUUCUGCAUACUUGUGGAAGGUGGAAUGGAUGCAUUUGCAUUUGAUGAUUUCUUGCUUGAGGAAAAACGUCUGGAACUGGAGAAACUUGCGAAGGAGCAAGCUGAGAAGGAAAGACUAGCAGAAGAACAGAGGCGAAGAGAAGCAGAGAAGGCUGCAAGUGAAGCUGAUAGAGCACAGGCAAGAGCAGAAACUGAAAGAAGGAGAGGAACAUUGCAAGAACUGAUGAAAAAGGCCGCAAGGUCCGUUGAUAAAGUUUGGUACAUAGAACCUAGUGAGUUCAAAUGUGGGGACAUAAUCAAGUUAUAUUAUAACAAAAGCUCAGGUCCUCUAGCCCAUGCUAAUGACCUUUGGAUUCAUGGGGGGCAUAAUAAUUGGAAGGAUGGAUUGUCCAUUGUUGAGAGGCUUGUCAGCUCUGAUAGAAAAGAUGGUGACUGGUGGUAUGCUAAUGUUGGUGUACCUGAUCAAGCCAUCAUCUUGGAUUGGGUCUUUGCUAAUGGUCAACCUCAGAGGGCCACUGUGUAUGAUAACAAUCAUCGCCAAGACUUCCAUGUGAUUGUCCCAAAUAGUAUUCCUGAAGAAUUGUAUUGGGUUGACGAAGAACAUCGAAUAUAUAGGAAACUACAGGAAGAGAGGAGGUUAAGAGAGGAGGCUAUCCGUGCAAAGGCUGAGAAAACAGCACGUAUGAAAGCUGAAACAAAGGAAAGAUCUUUGACAAGGUUUCUGCUGUCACAAAAACAUAUAGUUUAUACGGAGCCUCUUGAUGUUCAGGCUGGAAGCACCGUGACAGUUUUCUAUAAUCCUGCCAACACUGUUCUAAAUGGUAAACCUGAAGUUUGGUUCAGAUGUUCAUUCAACCGUUGGACUCACCGUAGAGGUCCAUUGCCACCUCAGAAAAUGUUGCCUGCAGAUAAUGGCUCUCGUGUCAAAGCCAACAUCAAGGUUCCUCUGGAUGCAUACAUGAUGGAUUUUGUAUUCUCUGAGAAGGAAGAUGGUGGAAUUUUUGACAAUAGAGAAGGCAUGGAUUAUCACAUACCAGUGUCCGGAGGAAUUGCAAAAGAGCCACCAAUGCACAUUGUGCAUAUUGCUGUCGAAAUGGCCCCAAUUGCAAAGGUUGGUGGCCUUGGUGAUGUUGUGACUAGUCUAUCCCGUGCAGUUCAAGAUUUAAACCACAGUGUGGACAUCAUUCUUCCAAAGUAUGACUGUUUGAAAUUUAACCAUGUGAAAGACUUGCACUGCCAGAGAAGCUAUUCCUGGGGUGGGACUGAAAUAAAAGUUUGGUUUGGGAAGGUGGAAGGCCUUUCUGUCUACUUCUUGGAGCCUCAGAAUGGAAUGUUUUCGGCGGGUUGCAUAUAUGGCUGCAAGAAUGAUGGGGAGAGGUUUGGUUUCUUUUGCCAUGCAGCCCUUGAAUUUUUACAACAAGGCGGAUUUCAUCCUGAUAUUAUCCAUUGCCAUGAUUGGUCUAGCGCUCCAGUUGCAUGGUUGUUUAAGGACCAUUAUAUGCACUAUGGUCUUAGUAAAACCCGGGUAGUCUUCACCAUUCAUAAUCUUGAAUUUGGGGUGAACAACAUUGGGAAAGCUAUGCAAUAUUCUGACAAGGCUACAACUGUAUCGCCCACUUAUUCAAGGGAGAUUUCUGGAAAUCCUGUAAUUGCUUCUCAUCUCCACAAGUUCCAUGGCAUACUAAAUGGAAUUGACCCUGAUAUAUGGGACCCUUAUAAUGAUAAAUUCAUCCCUGUUCCUUACACUUCCGAGAAUGUUGUUGAAGGAAAAAGAGCUGCCAAGGAGGCUUUGCAACAAAGGCUUGGUUUGAAAAAGGCUGAUCUUCCGCUGGUGGGAAUUAUUACUCGCUUGACACAUCAAAAGGGAAUCCAUCUCAUCAAGCAUGCAAUUUGGCGCACCUUAGAGCGCAAUGGGCAGGUUGUAUUGCUUGGCUCAGCUCCAGAUCCCCGUAUCCAGAAUGAUUUUGUGAAUUUGGCCAACCACUUGCAUUCUAGCCACCAUGACCGUGCCCGCCUUUGUUUGAAUUAUGACGAGCCUCUUUCACACUUGAUAUAUGCGGGUGCCGAUUUCAUUCUAGUCCCAUCGCUUUUUGAGCCUUGUGGACUGACCCAACUUACUGCUAUGAGAUAUGGUUCUAUAGCUGUUGUUCGAAAAACUGGAGGACUUUUCGACACUGUGUUUGAUGUUGACCAUGACAAAGAAAGAGCUGAAGCACAAGGUCUUGAACCAAAUGGAUUUAGCUUUGAUGGAGCUGAUCCUGCUGGUGUUGAUUAUGCUCUAAAUAGGGCAAUCUCUGCUUGGUAUGAUGGUCGGGAUUGGUUUAACUCGUUAUGUAAAAAAGUGAUGGAGCAAGACUGGUCUUGGAAUAAGCCCGCUCUUGAUUACUUGGAGCUUUACCAUUCAGCACGUAAGUGA